AUGCCGUGUGGUGAGCACCAAGUAGUUCAAGUUUAUCCCGAUAUUCUGAAAGAUGUCUUGGAUAACACGUUCUUUGGAAUGAUAGAAUGUGAUAUUGCUGUUCCUGAGCAUUUAAAGGAAUACUUUGCUGUAAUGCCUCCUAUUUUCAAGAAUGUUGAGAUUACAUGCAAUGAUUUAAGCUCUGACACACAGGCACAUGUCAAACCAAAUUACAAAAGUAACAGAUUAGUUGAAAGUAUGUUUGGUGAGACGAUGAUGUUUGCUACUAAACUACUGAAAUGGUAUCUUGAACUAAUUGAAAGUGCACUUGUACCUGUCGCAAUGUCAACCUUUGGAACUGUCGCUGCUGGAGUCGGUGCACUUCACGCACCAAUGGCUGCAGGAGGUUGUGCUGCUAUUGACUCUAUUUCUGAUCAACAGAAAGCUAAAUCAUAA